AUGAGCAACGAGAAGGCGCCGCUGCUGCCGUCGCCGGCCGCGCGCAAGAUCGCCCACCGCUCCAUCUGGCGCAAGCAGGGCCCGAUGUCCUCGACCAAGACGCGCCUCGGCUGGAUGGCCAACUUCCUCCUCGUCGUCAUGGUGCUCGAUGUGCUUGUGCUGCUCUCGCAAAUGUCGUCGUUGACGCUCACCGCCUUUGCGGCGACGGGCGCGCCCGCAUGGCGCUACGAACAGCUGCCCAUUCUGGCGACGGCCGCCAAGGUGCUGCUCAUUCUGCUCGGGCUCUUCUCCAAGUGGUUUGUCUACCUCGCCGAGAUCGCGGUCCUCGGGCUCGUCGUUGUCCUGGGCACGGACGCCUUUGCGCUCGACGCGCUGCCGCAGGCGACGCUUCUCGCCAACGGCUUGGAUCGCGCCAACAUCUUUAUCAUCCUCCCGCUCAUGUUUUCCGUCUUUGAAGGCGUGCUUCUGUACCAAGUGCACGCGAAGAAGGUGCGCCAGGCGCGCGAGGCCGCGGCCGUCGUCGUCGACCUCGAGAGCUCGUCCUCGCCUGCAGAUGCGACGCCGACGAAAGGUAUCUCGUUCGUCAAGAUGCUGCUCGUGCUGCGCCCGUACUUUUGGCCGCACGGCUUUGGCCACCGCGUCCGCGCUGUGAGCACGUACUUCCUCCUCGGCGGCUCGAAGCUCCUCAACUUGUACGCGCCCAUGUUUAUGGCCCAAGCAACAAACGCUCUCGUCGCCAAAGACGUGCGCGGCGCGCUCAUUGGCGUCUCGUGCUACUGCACCAGCGUCUUCUUCUCCAAGACGCUCGACGAGGUCAAGUCGAUCGUGUACCUCCGCGUCAAGCAGACCGCUUACGUGGAGAUUUCCACCAUGACGUACGAACACUUGCACUCGCUUUCGCUCGACUGGCAUUUGAAAAAGAAACUGGGCGACGUGCUGCGCUCGAUGGACCGCGGCGUCGAGUCGGCCAACAGCGUCGUCUCGUACAUGUUCCUCUACCUCUUGCCAACGAUCCUCGAGAGCGUCGUGGUCAUGAUCAUCUUUGCGACGCACUUCCAGCUCGCGACCAUGUCGUACGUCUCGUUUUUGAGUUUGGUGUUUUACGCGUACGUGACGAUCGCGAUCACGCUGUGGCGCAAGAAGUUUCGGCAGCAGUCGACCAAGCACGACAACGAGUACCACGACAAGGCCACCGACGCGCUCAUCAACUACGAGACCAUCAAGUACUUUACCAACGAGAAGCACGAGAUCGACCUCUACUCGUGCGCGAUCCAAAAGUAUCAAAGUUUCAGCGUCAGCGUCCAAGCGUCGUUGUCCGUGCUCAACAUUAGCCAAACGGGCAUCAUCCAAGCCACGAUUCUUGCCUGCCUCGCGCUCGCAAUCCCGCAUGUGAUCGAGCAGGACGGCCGCGGCGUCGACCUCGGUGCGUUCGUCGCCAUCACAGUGUACCUCCAGAACCUCUUUUCGCCGCUUUACUUUCUCGGGUCCCUCUACAACAUGAUGAUCAACGCCAUUGUCGACAUGCAAAAGCUCAGCGAGCUCCUUAACGUCGACCCGGACAUUGUCGACGCGCCGCACGCGCCCAAGCUCCUGCUCGACUAUGACGCGCACCGCAACGGCAUCUCGGUCGAGUUUCAGCAUGUGCAUUUCGACUACCCAGAUGCGCCGCUCGGCAGCGGUCUCAAGGACCUCAACUUUGUCAUUCCCGCCGGGACGACGACGGCGCUUGUGGGCGAGACAGGCUCGGGCAAAACGACCAUUUCGCGGCUGCUCUUCCGCUUUUACGACACGACGAGUGGGCGCGUGCUCGUGCACAACCAAGACGUCUCGGCCGUGACGCAGCUGUCGCUGCGCAAGGCGAUUGGGAUCGUGCCCCAGGACACGGUCCUCUUCAACGAGACGAUUCUGUACAACAUCCAGUACGGCAACCUCGAGAGCACGUUUGCCCAGGUCGAAGAGGCGGCCAAGAAGGCUAAGAUUUAUGAUUUCAUCAUGGGCAUGCCGCAGCAAUGGCAGACGCCGGUCGGCGAGCGCGGCCUCAAGCUCUCGGGUGGCGAGAAGCAGCGCGUGGCUAUUGCCCGCACGCUGCUGAAAGACCCGCAGUUUGUGAUUCUGGACGAAGCCACGUCGGCGCUCGAUACCGUCACGGAGACGGAGAUCCAGAGCGCGCUCACCAAGCUCCAGACGAACCGCACCAUGCUAGUGAUUGCCCACCGCUUGUCGACGGUGCGCCACGCCUCCCAGAUUGUCGUGCUCGGAAAGGGCGCGGUGCUAGAGAUCGGGACGCACGACGAGCUCAUGGCGCGCAAGGGCGGCCGGUACGCGCAGAUGUGGAAUGCGCAGCUCGAAGCUCGAACGGCGACGAUGGAGGACGACGACGACGCUGGUAUUGUCUAAGGGCACCGUCCUCCAUAGAGCGAUGCUUUAAGCACACGUAAAGGAGUUGCGACACC